AUGUCGCUCAAUGGUCUGGACGACCCCAAGGUCAAAGAGGCCCACGAAUCUGCUGUCGCGGAGCCUGGAGGAUGGUUCCUUCUCAAAUAUGCGAGUCGCGAUGAUGUCGAGCUUCUGGGUCGUGGGAAUGGUGGGAUCGUGGAAAUCCGGAACCAGAUCGCUCAGUAUGAGAACGAGAACGAAGACCACUCGCCCUUGUUUGGUUUUCUGAGGUACCGUCGCCGGAACGUAAUCAUCAAAUAUCUUCCCGAGGAUUGCUCGAGACUCGUCCAAGCACGUGUAACUGUCCACUUCAACGCCGUCUGUGAGCGCUUCACUCCGUAUAACACCACCUUCUCGAUAGCUACGGCGAAAGAGCUCAAGGAUACCAAAUUGUCCGCCGCAUGCUCGCUGCACGCCGCCUCUGGUUCAACAUCCUCCUCAACAAGCUCUCUGCGACGGAGACGUUUAAUGGAAAUUGCGGAGGAGGAAGAGGAAGAACAAAGGGCAAGCAAGAGGAAAUCCGUUGGAGAAGGCUUGCCGGAAACCCCCGGGGAGGCGUCCGCAGAGACCCCUAAAUCGCCUAUCGCAGGUCCGCCGGUGACGCUGAACGCCGAUCUUGCUAACUCACCUGAAGAAAGCAAGUUUUCCGAGUCCCUGGAGCCGCCAGAAUUUGUUGGCACUAGACCGUCUUCCCCUACAAAGUCAGUGGAUGAAGGUCGACGCCUGUCGUCGCAGUCCACGCGGCCCGAGGUUUACUCGUCCUUUUCUACGUACGGGAAACCUAGAGUCAAGCUUGCACCGAGGCCUUCCCUUGACGUCGCCGGGCAUCCGCGCACUGCUGCUGUGGGGGCAGAUUUUAGGCCAAUUUCGCAAUUACCGUCUGGCUUCAAGUUAUUCUCCAAGGGUGCCAAAAAAGGAAAGUCCAAGGAAAAUACUCUGGAUCCUUCCGAACCAGCCCACCUGGACGAAACAACCGAAAUCUCCUUGGCCGCCACUGCAAUACCCUUACCUGAAGAGGAUCCCAUUUCCCAGCUCGACGAACCCGUAAGGCCACACACGAGCUCGGAGAGACCCACCACGAGCUCGGGUGCCUCAAUUAAAUCAGCGAUGCCAUCCCUCACAACCACCGCCGUCACUGCUACGAAGCAGACUAUGACGCCCGAAAAGGCGCGUCUGAUGAAGGCGAUGAAACUGAGAGAGAAAAAGAAGAGAAUGAGCAUCCAGCCUAUGUCUGUCCCUGUUAUAGAUAUCGACGUCGAUGCUGAUGCUGAUGUCGACGGCUUGGUCGAGGAGAUCAAUUCGGAGAAGGUACAACCUACCGAGCAUAUCGAGGAGAUAACCGAGCAGACCCUUGCUACCGAGGUUGAUGGCGACAACGAGGAGGAGAGCGAGCGACGACUCUCAAUUUCGAAAGCGGAUUCCGGCAUCGUUGUCGACGCGUCCUCCGCCUCUAUUCACACCGAUGCUGCUUCUGAGAUCACACAGACCGACUCGCACCCUGCCUCACCCAUUAUUGCUUCAUCCGAGCCUGACCACUCGACCACGGCAUCUUCGCUAUCCGAAUCUACUGACGGGACGGUAAAAGAUAUCGAAGACGAGUCCCAACAAGAGCUUUUCAAUGUGAAGUUCGAUAUGGCCGAGACAGAAAAUCCACACGACCUGGUGGUCGAGUCAGAGAUACUCGCCGAGGUGGCUGCCACCGAAGAUACUCUGCUGGAUCUCGAGACCGAGACGGACGUUCCUGUAGCGAAAGAGACGGGGCAAACGCUCCCUCCAUCGAACGAAGAGAAGAUCGUUGAAAAGAUUGAGGUGACGAUUGAACCUGAGCAAGAUGACACCCCCCUUGUCGAACAGGCUAUUGAGGCCAUUCAGGUCGAGGAACAACCCCGCGAGGAACAGCUGCUGGAAGCUCAACAAAACGAGGUACACCUCGAGAUUGAAAAGGCCGAGAUCAAGGAGACAGAGUCCAAGUCUCCCAUUAGCCUGCCAAUCUCCAAGUUCUCCACGAGCCCAACACAAGAGAAAGCACCUGUUGUCUCCCCUUUGCAAUCACCCAAGGGGGAAACAAAGGAAGAAGGACCUGUCAAGGCCACCGUAUCGGGAACCACAGAAGGAACACCCAAGUCGCCUAUUUCACCUCGCUCCCCGGGAUUGAAGGUCCCCAGAUCAAAGUUCUCAACGCAAGAUCUUCGAGCGGCGGCGAGCGAGGUGCCAACCAUUAUCUCGCCAGCGGAAGAAAUGGUUAAGGAGCCUCUGCCCGCCCCUAUCGAAGAGCAUAGUGAUGGCGAUGCUCAGUCAGCCGACUCGGAACGUUCCAAGCGAAAGGCCCUGGUUGACCCUAUCCGAACUGAUCUCGGCACAUCUGAAAAGCAGCAAGACGUCCACACUUCUGACGAUGAGGAGCUGAUGAACGAGCUCGACUCGGCCACCGUUGAACAGGCCCACCACAUCACCGUCUCAAAAUCACCCAUCACUCCAGUCUUCCCCAGUCCGACGGUCCAGCAGGCCUCCAGCAGGCCCACUUCGCGUGGCGUUGUUCGCACCAUCUCAAACCCCAUCCGUGGCAACCUUCUCACGCCUGCAGACGUAGCCCAAAGCCAAAGUCAGAGGUCCAUCUCCUCUGGCGCCGCGUUCCUUCACAAGAUCACUCAGCAGAACCAGAACUUGUCUACCAAACAACCAGGCAAGAUCGGAUCGAGCAUCUCCCAGCGUAUCAAGGCCCUGGAGAAGCUCUCUGCCACCCCCCCUGGCAGCACUGAUAGCUCCGAGUCAAGUCUGAAGGCACCGAGACCGUCGUCAGCUUUCUUUUCCGUGAAGAGAGGUAGCGUAAGAGAGACUCCUUCUCGGUCACCUUCUGUUAUGGAGAGGACAAAUUCUCUUCGAGUUCCCAGCCCCGCUCCCUCGGCACUAGACGAUUCGAGGGAUUCUUCGCCUGAGACUGCCAAGGCGAAUCGCGGGAGAUCGGGAUCUAUGGCCAAUAGGUUAUCGAUGUUCGAGGUCCCCGGCGCCCAGCCGCCCAGGGGUCGACCUGAGUCCAUCUCUGUUACUGCACGUAUCAUUCGCGAUCCCAGCCAGGUGGGCAAGGCACCCGAGCUGCCAAAGGAUCCUUCUGAAUUCGGACGACUGGAGCUCAAAGAGUCACCCUUGGUGGUCGAUCAUCAGAAGGCAGAGCCUCCGCUGCCGCCGGCCAACUUGGCCAAAGUGGAGGUUUCCAAGGAGACGCUGCAGGAGAGGAGACUGUCUAAGGAGAAGCGUCGUUCGCAGUCUACUGACCCGAAGCCCGACGCUGACGAGGGGCCUCGUCGAUCGUCCCUCAGUAUCAUGAAGGACUUUAUCAAGGACCGCCGCAAGUCGCUUACCUCCCCUUCCGCCGAGGUCCUGACAGCUCCCCUUCCUAUGUCUCCUGGUUCCAAGUCGCCUUCCAGGCCGCCCUCUACUCACCAGAGCUCGGCAGGCUUCGGUCGUCGUCUUUCCAUAAGCAGCCGUCGCUCUUCAUUCAGCAAGGAUAACAACACAAGCGGAGCCUUGUCCCCUUCUACCUUCACCGAGUGCAGCGGUUCUGGCGACGACAGCAAGUCUACAACCAGCGACAAGAAGAAGAGCCGUGCUAGCCGCUUCAUGCGCCGCUUGUCGUCGUCUCUGAGCAGCACGGGUCGUGGUAAGACUAUGACUCCUACUGCCAUCUCUCCUACGGUUCAGGAGGAGGAUGCUUCUGAGGUCAAACGCCUCCAACAGCCAACCAUCGACUUCUUGGGCGACGUCAAUGUACAGUUUCCGGAUAAUCUGCUGUGGAAGCGCCGCAGCAUGUCCCUAGACUCGCAGGGUUUCUUGAUCCUCAGCGCUGUUGCUGGCUCGGCCGCCACAAAAGACAGGCCGUCUACGGGUGCCGGAGUGAAGAGAUACCACCUCUCUGACUUCCGGAUGCCGUACAUCCCCGAUGUAGAGGUUCAAGAGUUGCCCAACAGUGUUGUCCUCGACUUUAUUGAGGGAUCUGGCCUUCAAGUUGCGUGUGAGGAUCGCGUCGGGCAGAUGAAUGUCUUGCACAUUCUUCAAGAUGCGCACCAGAGCCACAGCUCAUUUGGCCAGUAA